AUGGCCGGGAGCUGGCGGGCGAGGGCGCAGGCGGGGGGGAUGCUGCUGGCCCUCCCCGGGUGGGUCUCCUCCUGCGUGCUCACNNNNGUGCCGCUCUGGAAGAGCCUCAACCUGGACCUGAACGAGCUGGAGGUCUGGACCAUGGGGCUCUGGCAGGUCUGCAUCGCCCGGGAGGAGGGGGCGGUCGAGUGCCGAGCCCACGGCUCCUUCCUGGCGCUGCCCCCCGAGCUGCGUGUCUCCCGCCUCCUGAUGUGCCUCUCCAACGGGCUGGGGCUGCUGGGGUGUCUUCUCGCCGCCCCGGGCCUGGAGGGCUGGAGAGCCUGCGAGGACAAACCCGGGCUAAAGCGACGGCUCCUGCUCGCCGGGGGAGCGGUGUUCGGCACGGCGGGGAUGGCCAGGCUGGCGCCGGUCUCCUGGGUCGCCUACAACACCGUCCUCGACUUCUGGGACGACACCAUCCCCGACAUCGUCCCCCGGUGGGAAUUUGGGGAGGCCACCUUCCUGGGGUGGUUUGCUGGAGCCUUCCUUGCCGCCAGUGGGCUGCUCCUCGCCUGCAGCGCCCGCUCCACGAGGACAGCAACGCCACCAGCCCCCACCUGCCGCCAGCCCCCUGCCACGCAGGGUCCGGCCGGGGGCCACCACCCGCACCCCAAAAACACAGACCUGGUCAUCUAG